GCUGCUCGCGACCAAUCCCGGUCUUAUCUCUGGGAACAGUCAACACUAGACUUCACCUGCGACCGUCAGAGUGUCAUCUAUCUAACGUCUACCUCUGGGUUGUCCUUUUUUUUUUUUUAAGGUAGUAGAGUGUGAAAGUAGCUAACCUAGCUCUAAUUUUGCUCGUAAUAUAUAUAUAUUUUUUAAUAACAAUUUGGGUGGGUUUCGAGACACAUUUCAACGGAAAGUCACCGGGAGAGAAUGUCCGAUUUCGACAGCAACCCGUUCGCGGAACCGGAGCUCAACCACCCGUUUCAGGAUCCAUCAGUGACACAAGUACGCCAGGCUGCUCCUCCAGGGAUGGAGGAGUACAAUCCCUUCACAGAUGCCAAACCAACGCCUCCGGGUAUGGCGCCCAAGGCCACGGCGCCCACCAUCAACACACAACCCGCCAUCAUGAAACCCACGGAGGAGCCUCCGUCCUACUCGCAGUGUCGGGCGCAGGACCAGUCAGGAGCAGCUGCUGAGCUGUUGAGGAGACAGGAGGAGCUGGAGAGGAAAGCUGCCGAGCUGGACCGCCGGGAGAGAGAGAUGCAGUCCCUCAGCGCUUCAGGAGGCAGGCAAAACAACUGGCCCCCCCUCCCGGAGAAGUUACCCGUGGGCCCCUGUUUCUAUCAAGACAUCACAGUGGACAUUCCUGUCGAGUUUCAGAAGACGGUCAAGAUCAUGUACUACCUCUGGAUGUUUCACACGGGGACGCUGCUCGCUAACAUGGUGGGCUGCCUGGCCUGGUUCUGCGUGGACACGGGGCGCGGGGUGGACUUCGGCUUGUCCAUCUUCUGGUUCAUUCUCUUCACGCCGUGUUCUUUCGUCUGUUGGUACAGACCGCUUUAUGGAGCGUUCAGGAGCGACAGCUCAUUCAGGUUUUUUGCGUUCUUCUUCGUGUACAUCUGUCAGUUUGGCGUCUACGUGCUCCAGUGCAUUGGCAUCACUGGUUGGGGCGCCAGCGGGUGGAUCUCCGCUUUGACCGGCCUGAAUCGCAGCAUCCCAGUGGGCAUCAUAAUGAUCCUCAUCGCUGCCCUCUUUACCUCAGAGGCCGUCCUGUCCCUCAUCAUGUUGAAAAAGGUCCACGGGAUGUACCGGACCACCGGGGCCAGCUUCGCGAAGGCCCAGCAGGAGUUCGCCACGGGCGUCAUGUCCAACAAGACGGUCCAGACGGCCGCUGCGACCGCCGCCUCCAGGGCUGCACAGGGAGGCUUCAAGGAGCAGAUCUGAUUGGCUCAGAGAGCUCGCCCGUUUCUCCGUCCCCCCCCCCCCCCUCCCUCCUCUUCUGCUCACACCCAGCUUCCACUUGAGCCAACUGCCCUGUUUGAACACAUGGAGAGCCCACCCCCCGCCGCUGACCCCAAAAUCCUUCUGACGAUAUCAAAGUGGUUUACGUGAUCUCAACAGGAUUCAAACAGGGCGGCGGCUCUCGCCACAGACUCCCAUCACCCACACUGACCUCCUGCCACCCGACCAGCGUGCUCUACUUUAUUUUCUGUGUGUGUGUUUGUGUGUAUGGGUGUGUGCUUGUGUGUGGAUGCUUGUGUGCCUCCUUUUAAAUGUCUGCUCCGUCCUCCGUAGACAUAUUCUAAUGUAACUUACUUCCUAUUGUCAUCUGGGCAUUUCCGCCUAAAGAAUCCUCCCCCAGCGAUCCUUCCCCUAAUCGCCUAAUUCCCCUUUUUCUUUUUUUUUAGAUUAAUUAAUUACCGGACAAAUGAAAGUCACGUAGUACUCCAUAGUUAUCAGUUAAUGCACAUGCUAAAGGUCGCUUGGCUGCUUUCCAUGAGUUCAUGGUGUACCACUGCUGCCCCCUGGUGGAGUGACCAUGUAUUUGCUGAAGAUGAAUGCUGUGCAUUCCAGUUCUCUGCCUUCUGCUUUCCUUUUUUUUUUUUUUUUUUAUAUAUAUAGCAAACGCGUAGUCUUACUAUCUUAAAGCGGUGCUUCCCAAAAUCUGUUUAAAGUAUAUCAAACACCUCAUUAUCCGAGGAAGCAUCAUUUCCAAAAUUGUUCCUGCAAAGAUAUUCAAUGUGCAGCGAUGCACCACUCGGGUUCACACCGAGACAUCGAAACGGAUAAUGAAGUUGUCGCCGUGAGAUCCUGUGCAUGCAUUCAUGACCCCCAGAGGGUGAAUCCCGACGGACUUUUCCUUUUUUUUAGCGCCUUUCCUCACAACGUGUUCGCCGUCUUAACGCACGUUACACCUGCUUAGCAACAAAAGAAAAAUGACUGGAAGUAGCUCAUCAGUGUUCUUAAAAUGAAUUUGACAUCUUUUGCCCAUAACGGUCUACGUAUCUAUUGUGAAAGUACGCCGCCAAGUUGCACUUUAAAUCUUUGUCUGCACACUGUAAUCCGUGCAAAUGGAAGGAUAUUUAACGUUCAGCAUCGUCUUCACAUGACGCCUCCUUUUCUGUUGUUGACAGACAGUAAAGAGAUAUUCUGGAUAUACAGAUGCAUGUUUAUAUCGGUGGUUUUCUUUUCUAAAGAGGAAAGUGUAACUCGUCUCCAGCUUGUGUUGGUGGAGACUUACCUCAGUAGUUACUCAGGAUGUUCUCUUCACUUCAAAAGAUGAUAUGUGAUUGGAUGUGUUGUAAAUCAAUAUAUAUAUAUAUAUAUAUAUAUAUAUAUAUAUAUAUAUAUAUAUAUAUAUAUAUAUAUAUAAAUAAAUGGGGCCAGUAAUGUUGAUGUGGUAUUCUGAUAGUUUGCAUAUUCAUCAUUUGACAAUUGUGGAUCGACUAUCUCUGAACUCCAGAAUUCAAGUGCAUCAAAUCUGAAGGUGAUUUUUUUUUUUUUUAGGUCUAUUUCAUUUACAUUAUCCAUUUAAAUAAAAAAAAGUUUCCUUUUAUGUCUGCAAAGCGGUUUGAAUGCGUCUGAUCUCUUCGCUCUGUUGCGUCUCACGUUUAAAGCCUUUGUGUGUAUUUGAUGUGCAGGAGUGUAAAUAGAGGAGGUUUUUGAGCCUUUAAGUCUGCGCGCAGGGCAGAGUCCUCCUAUGGGUCCGGGGGUCCUUCUCGACUUCCUGGAGACUUUUCUCUUCUUUAAAGAUUCCUGCAACAUGCCUUGUUUUGCUCUCUGCUCACUUCUCCUUUUCUUUUGUAUUUCACACUGGCUUGAUUUGAACCAGUGCCUGUGUACAUCCCUAAGUACAUUUAUUCUACAAAACAACAUGAGAUUGUUCCUUCAAAAGAAUCAAACCGAGUGGCACUUGCAGUAUUUAGCUGUUAUUCUUGAUUUGCUUUAAAACAAAAACAAAAUGUUAAAUGUGAGCUGUGUGACGUGCUGUAGAUGGGAUGUGGCUUUUUAAGCUGUGCUUUCAUGAUCAACAAUGGUUUGUGGUAGAAACACUUAAGACGAUUAAUUUGUGAGCAUCUCUUAACUAUGUAAAAUAAUUAAAUUAUUGGAAAAAUAAA